ACGUCAGUAUGACUGAAGGGGUGGAGGUGCUCUCGUGGGAGGCUAGCAAGGUUGGGAUAAAAUGUGUUGGAUAGUGUGGAUGUGAUGCUAAGCUGCAUGUUUGCAUGGGGCUUGUUGCCGUGGGACCAUAGCAAGAGGGCGUGUGCAUAUGUGCUGGUCGUAAGCAAAGGAAUUCCUACACAUCCAGUUCGGUGAGGAGAAGAGAAGCAUAACAACCACCCAUGGAUCUGAAUCUGCUUCACACUAAGCUGUCUGAGGCUGGUCAGUCGCACCUCCUGCAGUUUUGGGAUGAACUGAAUGAAGAAGAGAGGGAGGAGCUUCUCCAGGAUCUGCAGGAAAUGAAUUUUCAGGAACUGAAUUCUUUCUUCCAGAGGGCCAUGCAGGUGCCUUCUCACUGUGCCAGCCAAGAAAAGGUUGACAGCAGGAUGGAGCCAGUGCCCCGAGAAGUACUGGGCAGUGUCUCAAGGGACCGAAGCAAAGUCCAAGAGUGGGAAAAAGAAGGUCUCUUUCAGAUUGCACAAAACAAAGUAGCAGUUCUUCUAUUGGCUGGUGGGCAAGGGACACGGCUUGGGGUUUUCUACCCCAAAGGAAUGUAUAAUAUCAGCCUGCCAUCUCAGAAAACCCUCUUUCAUAUUCAAGCUGAACGCAUCCUGAAGCUAGAGCAGCUCGCCAGACAGAGACAUGGAGUCAAAUGCACCAUCCCAUGGUAUAUUAUGACGAGUGGCCGGACAAUGGAAGCCACGCAAGAGUUUUUCACUAAGCAUAACUAUUUUGGCUUGAGGAAGGAGAAUGUGGUUUUCUUCCAGCAAGGCAUGCUUCCUGCCAUGACUUUUGAAGGCAGAAUUAUUCUAGAAGCAAAGAGCCAUGUUUCCAUGGCACCAGAUGGAAACGGUGGGCUGUACAGAGCACUUGGUACCCAAGGGAUCCUUCAGGACAUGGAGAGGAGGGGUGUCAUGUACAUCCAUGUGUACUGUGUGGACAACAUACUGGUUAAGGUGGCAGACCCUGCCUUCAUAGGAUUCUGUCUAAAAAUGGGAGCAGAUUGUGGAGCCAAGGUAGUGGAGAAAACUAAUCCAACAGAACCAGUGGGGGUUGUGUGCAAAGUGGACGGUACAUACCAGGUUGUAGAGUACAGCGAGAUCACUCUGGCAACAGCAGAAAAAAGAAGUUCAGAUGGGCGACUGAUGUUUAAUGCAGGAAAUAUUGCAAAUCACUUUUUUACACUCUCUUUCCUUCAAGACGUUGUAAAUGUACAUGAACCUGAGCUUCAGCACCAUGUAGCACGGAAGAAAAUUCCAUAUCUGGAUACCCAGGGCCGACUGAUUAAGCCAGACAAGCCAAAUGGGAUCAAGAUGGAAAAAUUUGUGUUUGACAUAUUCCAGUUUGCCAAUAAGUUUGGGGUCUACGAAGUACUGAGAGAAGAUGAAUUCUCUCCUCUAAAGAAUGCAGAUAGUCAAGAUGCAAAAGACACACCCACUACAGCUCGCCAUGCCCUAAUGUCUCUCCACCACCGCUGGGUGCUCAAUGCUGGAGGUCAUUUUAUUGAUGAGAAUGGGACCAGAAUUCCAGCCAUUCCCAGUUUCAUUAAUGGGGAUACCGACGCCAUCAUACCUGACAUCAACCAAAAUUUGAAGGAUUUAACAGACCUGCCAAUAAAAUGUGAAAUUUCACCGCUUGUUUCCUAUGCUGGGGAGGGUCUGGAAGAAUUGGUCCAAAAUCGAGAUUUCCGCCCACCCUUAAUUAUAGAUGAAACUGGAGUCCAUGAACUUGUUAAGAAUGGAAUAUGAACAUCAGUGAAGGAAUGUUUAAACAUGCUACAUCUCUGAAUGAAGACAGUUAUGGGAUUAUGGAUACUGUGAAGAUUUUAGGUGGAAGUUGAAGGAUAAUGGGACUUGAAAGGACUAUACCUGCUGCACAUUAUAACAUUUUAAUAUUUAUUUUAGCUACUUUUUAUAUUGUAAAGAUUACUGAAAAUAGAAUCCAUAUGAACUGCAAAUGAAACUUUAAUUUUUUAGUAUUUAUAUUCAUCCUUUUUAAAUGAUUUUAUUUUAUUAUUGUACAUAAUAAGGGUGCCUUAGGUACAAUAGGUGGGUGUAAGAUCACCUUCCUCCUUAUAUUUAUCAUUGCAAUUAAUUUUGGUACGGUGAUAUUCUUGAGGACUAUAUUUUUUGUACAUAUGAAGUAUGUAGUUUUUCCCUUUCUGCUUCUUGCGUUGGUUUAUAAAUUAAUUCAUUAAAAUGUCAAAUAUAAUGUACAUGUUUAUAUAGUUAUUAAAAUAUUUAGUGUUAAAACAUAUUGUGUCCUAAUACAUUGCAUAGGGCUUUUACUUUAGAAGCCUCCUGAUAAUUAAUGAUUUCAGCAUUUAUAUACUUCUGUAUAUGUGUAUAAAAUGAAAUCCUGCUUUUGAUCACAGCAGCCAUGCACUGA